ACUUGUGUACGCGUGUGAGUUUUUUUUUAUUUAUUCUCUUGUAUACACAAUAAAUACAUUUUUAGUGUCUUCAAUGACCCAAGUGGGUAAACUUGAUCACGACUUAUAAAACUGUUCUAAAGUCACCGGCGCGUCACUGUGCACGUACCGAUGAUUUAAGUUGACGAGGAAAAUUAUUUUCAGUUUUCGUAUAUUUUAUUACUACUCAUAAAACCACAGGAAGUGAACGAUUAUAAAAAGUACACUAAAGAAUUCGACGUCUAUUUUUUGUUUAUUUAUUUAAUUUUUUUUAAUUCAUUACAAUUCAAUCCGUUGUUGUUAAAAUGAUUAUCUUUAUUAUAAUGCAAGCCCUUACGUGGGUUUCAAAUAACUUUUGGCUCUUAGUAUUGACGUGGCUAUCGAUUUUCGGUGUACUCAUCUUGUUCUUCGUGUUCAAUUCGUCUGGAAGAAAAACUAAAUCUACUUCACAACUUCCCUCACUCACGAACUCUUAUUGGACCUUAUUGAGUGUACCGUUAAAAGUCGCUUGUUUAAAACCAAAUGAAAUUUUACCUUAUUUCUGGCAAGUUGUGAACACGAUUGGACCAUUAGUUCAUGCACAAAUUUUAACCCGUCAUUAUUUUCUAAUAAACGAUCCAGAAGACGUGAAGGCAGUGUUGUCGAGUGCGCAACAUAUUACGAAAGGCCCCGAAUAUCAUAAUUUGGAACCGUGGUUGAACAAAGGGCUGCUGACAAGCACGGGUCAAAAAUGGCAAUCCCGGAGAAAGCUGCUGACAAACACUUUCCACUUUAAAGUAUUGGAAAACUACAUGCCGUCGCUCAACGAUCACUCCCGUUCAUUAGUCAAAAAUCUCAUCAGAGCAUCCGAGAACGGUGAACCCUUAGCGGAAAUCGAUGAGCACGUUACCCUUUGCGCGUUGGACAUAGUAUGUGAAACGAUUAUGGGUGUGCAUUUGCGAAGCCAAGAGGGUAAAUCGAUCGAUUAUGUCAAUGCAAUCAAAACUGUCACUAAUAUAUUGAUUAAGCGUAUGUUUACAUUUUAUUACUGGAUUGAUUUUGUCUUUUAUAACAGCACACCCGGCAAAAAAUUCCGUAAAGAGUUAAAAUUAUUACACGAUUUCACUGAUAAAAUCAUCAAGGAGAGACGGGCGGUACUAGAAAACUCUGAGCAAAAGAUUGUUGAUGAAAAUGGGAAAAAACGAGUGUACUCAUUUUUGGAUCUACUGAUUGGAAUAUCUAAAGAAAACCCCGACACAAUGACGGACAGAGAUAUACGCGAAGAAGUUGAUACGUUCCUCUUCGAAGGACACGACACAUCUUCAAUCGCUAUUACAAUGGCUAUCAUUCAUUUAGGACUCGAUCAAAGGAUGCAAACUUUGGCCAGAGACGAGCUUUAUACAAUAUUCGGUGACAGCACCCGGGACGCAACAAUGGAAGACCUCAAAGCAAUGUCAUAUUUGGAAAGAGUGAUAAAGGAGACAAUGCGACUCUACCCUAGUGUGCCGGGCAUCACGAGGACGCUCAACGACCCGCUCCACCUCAAGAAGUACACGAUACCGUCAAAAUCAAACGUAGUGGUCGUUCCUCAUUUUUUGCACCAUGAAGAGAGUCUAUAUCCCAACGCGGAAGAGUUCGACCCCGACAGAUUUUUGCCCGAACGGUGUGCGGAACGUCAUCCUUACGCGUACAUACCGUUCAGUGCCGGGCCCAGGAAUUGCAUAGGCCAAAAAUUCGCUAUGUACCAAAUGAAAACCGUGCUAUCCACCAUUUUGAGGUACACGAGACUAGAGACGUUGGGAACGCGGGAGGACAUCGUCAUCAGUGCCCAAUUGAUACUGAGAGCCGAUCACUUGCCCAGCGUAAGAGUGACGCCCAUCUACAACAACAGUAGUAUACAAUUUUAAUUAGGCGUCUUUAUUAGAGAGGUGUAACUUAACUACACGAAGCAUAGUAGGUAAAAGUAAAUUCCUACACGAAAAAAUAUAUACCGGUACGUAAGUUUCUGCACCUGUUUUCAUGUUUCAUCGUGGCUGAAACCCCAAUAAUAGUAAAUAAACGAACUUUGCAAUUGUUUAGUAACAAAUUACAUAGAGGAAUAUUGUACUUUCUUCUCCUGUAUUUUGGUUAGUGCUUGAAGAAUUUUUACUACAAAUGUUUGUAAAAGUUUUUACUCCAAAUUUUACUUAAAAUGUUUAUAAUCAUCCUAAAAUAUUCAAAAUAAUAGAAGUUUUAAAAUAUUUUCAAACAUAUACUUAUACUCGUUUUAGUAUACGUACAUCAGAUACCAAUAGACCUAAAAAAAAAGCAGAAUAAACAAAAUUAUAUAUACAACAAAAUAUUAGAGUACAGCUUAAAAUAUUUGAGCUUUUGUAAUUUGUCACAUAAAAUGUAAUUUAUAUUUUUAUUAUUUUUUUUUAUAUAUUUAAUUAUAUACAUUUUAAUUAUAUUAUUAACGAAUAAUAUGUGAAUGAUUAUACAUUAUUAUACAUGGACAAGAUUCAGUUAAAAAUUGGAUUAGAUUUUUAUGCAAAGCACAAAGCAAACAAAUUGUAUUUACACCAACUACGUUGUCAGUCCAAAAGUUCUAUAAAGUGGAAAGGAAAUUUGUAUUCGUAAUAAUUUUUAUUCGUAUUGGAACUAAUGAACCGGUAUAUUUUUUUCCGCGUAGGAAAUUACGUAGACAAACUCAAGGGUGAUUUUUAUUUACUAUAUCUCGCGUGGGAACUUAUAUUCGCCCAUGUAUUUCACGUUUGUCCAAGAAUACAAACUUCCGUGUUCUUUGGAAACGGUGUUAAAGUUCCUGUUGUUAAAAUACACGUGUAGACGUGUAUUUAGAGUCCAUGUACCUGGUAUCCAUGUGUUUAAAGUCCAUGCGCCAUAUUCAUGUGAUAGAAAAGCACGUGAUCCUCUCUAUUGUCGUUUAAGAAACCAAUACAUAACACUAACAAUGUAUUA